AUGGCGGCUGUUGUUAUGAGAGGUUGUGUCAGGUCGAGCGAUACAGAAUUAACGAAAACACAAGAAUGUAAUGGAAAUGAAGAAAAAACAGUGAAUGAAAAAAUAAAUAGUCGCAAAAAUGGUUACGUGAAGGCUACUAAUUUAAACAAUGGCGCUAUCAAAAUGGGCGGCAACUACGCGGGGCUGCCGCCAAUGGACUGGUCGCAGUACGACACGUUCCCCGGGGACUUCGAGAAGUGUUCGCUGUGGACCGCCGCGCUCGCGCACCUCGGCCUCUACCUGCUCAUGUUCCUCGGCUUCAUCAACAAGCUGCUGUUCACGCCCAAAGUUGCCACCGAGCGGAACCGAGAGGGCUACGCGCCGCUGUAUAACUCGUUCGAGCAGUUCUUCUCGCGCUACUUGUACCGGCGCGUACGGCACUGCUUCAACCGGCCCAUCUGCUCCACGCCUGCAGCAGAAGUCACUAUCAAGGAGCGCUACACCGACGACUACAACUGGACAUUUAAGUUCACGGGCACGGAGCGGCGCUGCAUCAACCUGGGCUCGUACAACUACCUGGGCUUCGCGGAGCCGACGGGUCCGUGCGCGGAUGCUGCGGCCGAGGCGGUGCGACGCUACGGACUCGCGCUGGCCUCGCCGAGGGCUGAGCUCGGCUCCUGCGCUCUGCACAAGGAGCUGGAGGAAACUACCGCGCGUUUCCUUGGCGUCGAGGCGGCGAUAGUGGUGGGCAUGGGGUUCGCGACGAACUCGCUGGGGCUGCCGGGGCUGCUGGGGCCGGGCACGCUGGCGCUGAGCGACGAGAACAACCACGCGUCGCUGAUCCUCGGGCUGCGCCUGGCGCGCGCCGCCGUGCGCGUGUUCCGCCACAACGACCUGCGCCACCUGGAGCAGCUGGCGCGCGCCGCCAUCGCCGAGCGCCGCUGGACCAACAUCGUCAUCGUGCUGGAGGGCGUGUACAGCAUGGAGGGGUCGAUCGUGCCGCUGCAGGGCGUGGUGGCGCUGAAGAAGCGGCUGGGGCUGCAGCUGUACCUGGACGAGGCGCACUCGGUGGGCGCGCUGGGCGCGCACGCGCGCGGCGUCACGGACCACUGCGGCGUGGAGCCCGGCGACGUGGACGUGCUCAUGGGCACCUUCACCAAGAGCUUCGGCGCCGCCGGCGGCUACAUCGCCGGUUCCGCGAAGCUGAUCAAGUGGAUCCGCGCGCACGGGCACGCGCACACGUACGCGCACGCGAUGUCGCCGCCGGUGGCCGCGCAGGUGCUCGCCGCCAUGCGCGCGCUGCGCACCCCGGCCGGCCUGCGCCGCGUGCGCACACUGCGCGACAACACGCACUACUUCCGCCGCAGGCUGCGCGAGAUGGGCGUGGUGACGUACGGGCACGGCGACUCGCCGGUGGUGCCGAUGCUGGUGUACACGUUCAGCAACAUGGCGGCCGUCGUGGAGCGGCUCACGGCGCGCGGCAUCGCCACCGUCGGCGUCGGCUUCCCCGCCACGCCCCUCUACAAGGCGCGCUUACGGUUCUGCCUGUCAGCGGCGCACAGUCGCGAGCAGCUGGACGCGUGCCUCGCCGCCAUACAGGAAGUCGUCGACGAGCUCGGCCUGCAGUAUUCGCGGCGCCGCUAG